UAGGAUUGCUGGAGGCCAAAUGAUUACUGAGCAGGAAGAGAUGGUCCCAGUCAGUGAUGUCAGCAUCGACUCAGAGAAAGCAAAUGAGUUCCUGACUCGCUCCAGGCCGAAGCAUAACGCAGACCCCAGGUGGUACCGAGGAAACCUGGACUUCCAGGCUUACUACAGAUACUGCACUAGCAUUGGACACACUGGGGGGGGCAAACUGGGAGUGCCCAUGAUGAUGUGCGAUCCGGACAGGAAGUGUGAAGUCGAUCCUCCUCCACCCGCAAUGAAAGGGAUCGCGAAGCCUGCAGAGCCACAGCCUGCAGAGCCACAGGCUACCCCUCCCCCUCCCCCUCUUCCUCCUGCUCCACCCAUUUCCCAGGCUGAUGUUCUUAACCUAUGCAACCAGAAGGAUCCCCACAUUGUCUACCUGCCCAGCGGUGCCGUGCCUGUGCUCUGUGACCCCUGCUACCACCCCCGGAAGGCCACACCGGCCCCUGUAGAAGAGCCACAACCUCCUCCUCCUCCACCAAAGAAGUCCACUCCACCUCCACCAAUACUCGUCAAGAAGCCUCCCCCGGCUCCCAUCCAUACCUUCAAGGGCAUAGAGUACGACUGUGACCCCUACUGGGACCCUGACUGCCUGAUUGACCACUCACCCAGGCCCAACAAGGGAAGGAACGUGGUCCCUGUUGAGGAGCCAUCACCUCCUGUUCCUAUCAAGAAGAAAGUAUCCCCCUAUCCCUACCCUUACUACUACCCACUGCCCUAUGACCCCAGAGAUGAUCUGUACGAUCCAGUCCGCUUCAUGUACCCUCAGCCUCCUGCUGAUGAGCCUGCAGAGGACAAACAGUGAAACCUCCAGGACGUGCUGGUUGGAAAGGUAUUGUGUAUCUCAAACACACAAGACAUUUCAGAUGUACAAUUCCAUAUUUUGUGGUUUUUACAGCCUGGAGUAAAUCGUUGAAAGGAUGCAGUGUUUACACCUUAUUAACUUCAGUGAAUGUAUUUACCAUCACCAUCAGUAAAA